CCAGCACCUCUGUUAGGAAAAAAGACUAACUCAGGGCUGCAGCUUCUGAGUGUUCACGGUGUGGAGCCCGCCAUAAGCCCUGGGUUUCCUCUUAUUUUCCCACGGGGAGAAAACGAAAUAGUUUGAAACCCGGCAUGGCUAUGCAGACCAACAGUGAAGAUCUCUGUGGCAACGGGAAUGGAGGGAGACACUAACAGGCUGCUUAGACAGCCUCUUUUUCCUUGUACGAGACAUGUGCGAGGAGAGUUCUGCCCACUUGCAAGUGGUGCUCAUUCCCUCUCACUAAUUGUGCGGAAGGUAGUUAGCAAAGUGAACAGGCACGCUGUAGCUUUAAAAAGUCAGCCAUGAACCAGAAAGCGGUUGCGGCUUGUGUGUGAUUCCUAACGUCGUCGUCAUGUUGGCUGAGAGCCAGCCUGGUUUUAUUUCACUGUGUCAAAUUGUACCUCCUUAUUGAAUUCCUUUGCCAGACUACUUUGUGAAAGAAAACACUGGGGUUUCUUUGCUGUUCUUGAUAAGCCUAUAAAAAUGAUAUGUUUUAGUUGCUUCUAGUUGCGGAAGUAAAGGAACCCUGCAAGCCUUCCCAUGCUCUCUGUUGACAUGGACAACAAGAGAAAUGGCCGUGUCGGGGUCAAAAAUUCCAUGGAAAAUGGAAGGCCUCCCGAUCCUGCAGACUGGGCUGUGAUGGACGUCGUCAAUUAUUUCCGAACAGCAGGAUUUGAGGAGCAAGCCAGUGCUUUUCAGGAACAGGAAAUUGAUGGAAAAUCCCUGCUCUUGAUGACGAGAAAUGACGUGCUGACAGGGCUGCAGUUGAAACUGGGGCCUGCUCUGAAAAUCUAUGAGUAUCAUGUAAAACCUCUUCAGACCAAGCAUUUAAAGAACAGCUCUUCCUAGUAAAGUGAAAUCGAGGUCUCAGUCCUCAGAACAGAAUUCACAGUGAUGUAAUUUAGUUUCGUGUUGUGAGACUUCACAAACAGAAUACAUACAGGUGUAUACAUAAAGAAUUUCGAUCCAACAAAGUGUUAUCCUAUUGGAUAGUCUAGGCAAUCCAUUGGCUGGCCAGACUCAGCCUGGAGGAGCAAAGACAGAAUGUACACGCAAUGGUUGUCCUUGUCACACCAAGUUGUCAUUGACUCUUAGGUAUCCCUCCCUUCAGGGGCUUUGAAAUCACAGAAUUUUCUUUGUUUCAGCAUAGACUGUUUUCUGUCAACUUCUUAGAAGGGAGGAUGGAUGUGGAAUGAGUGGUCUGGGUUAUAGACGUAGCAAUGAGUACAAACAGAACUCCGUGGGGAGGGAGAUGAGUGAGGGAGCGCUGUCUCCCGUGAAUUGCUCUGCUCCUAGAUGUAGGCUCCAUAGAUGGAAUUGCCAACACCCUUUUUUUCUAGAGGGUUCUCCACUUGACCUUCUUAAGGUUUCACAGGGAUAUGCUGUGCUGUGUGUGAAUCAAACAUGCACCAGGCUCCCUUCAGGAGCGGAACUCUUUCUGAGAAGAGAAACUUGCUUUGCACUGGAAACCUCCUUGUAAUCAACUCACUGUCACGGGGAAAGAAUAUUUCCUGCUUAUGUUGGUUCCUUGUUGCUGAAGAAAGCAUUUAGGGGCUUUGGGGGUUUUGUUUGUUUGUUUGUUUUUGUUUUUUACUUUAUGGUUUAUAUUUAUAAUUCUUUCUGAAGCAGUUUGUCAAGAGUUAAUAGAUCCCAAAGCUUUGUUAAUAGCACAGAAUAUUUUUAUAUAUGCAUAUAUAUUCCUCCAUGAUUCUGUAAUAUUUUUUUAAUUGUCCUAUGCUGUGUUUGGUCCCUGGUUUGAGUACUUGUCUUUCAGAAUUUGAAAAAGUGGACUUGCUACAUCUCUGUUCAAAGAGACAUUUACUGAGCGAUGUUUGUCCAUGCCUUGGUGAGUUGGUGCUUUGUGAUUGCAAUAAAACACUGUUUCAGUUCA